ACAAAAAUUAAAUCAGUGAUACAAAAUUAAUAUGUACUACUAGAGCAAAUGAGAAUUCGGGACAUUAAAUGGAAGCUUGUUCGACAUUAUAUUUUUAUUAAAUAUUGCAACAAUUAAGUUGAUGUAUUUACAAAUUUAUCCAUCUGAAUAUUCUAUAUAAUUUAACUUUAUAGUAAUAAUUUGAUAUUUCAUGUGUUAUUUCACUGAAAAGUAAAGCUAGUAAUACUUUAAAUAAUGUUGUCUGUAAUAAUAUAACUUGAAUUUAAAAAGUAAAUGAAGAAAAAUAUUUUACUUUUUUUUAACUAAGCUCUCUUUGAUCAAAGAAAAUCUAGCUCUCUCGAAAGUUCCUCGGAAACUUCAGUGACGAAUAAAUCACGAAGAAAUUAUUUUCUAACGCCUCAAAAAAUAAUAUUCCAUAUGUGGCAAUAAAAAGUAUUUCUAGAAAAUAACAAAAGUGGUUUUCAGUUUCUUGUACUUGCAAAAAAAAUCAAAGAAAAAGUGUUUUGGUUACUACAAAGCCGAUACAGAUUCUCUCUCUCAACAUUUGCACCUUGUUUCUUUCUCUCUCUCUUAAACCCCUUAAAAACACAAAAGAACUUCUGCUAUAAAACCUCACGGACUCACGCUUUCCUCACAAACACUCCACCCACAAACAAAACAAAACAAAACCUCUCUCUCUUUCUCUAAUGGAGGUUUCAGCGAGAAAGCCUUAUUUCAUUGAUUUGGGUUCUUCUUUAUCGGAGAUGGAAGCUGGGUUUUCUGGUAACAGUGGAAACCCACGACACGGCGUCGUUUCAAGACCUUUCUCUUAUACGAGGAUGAACAGUAUCAGCAGGCACACGAACUAUUGUUAUAACAACUACCCUCAGAGUUGUUAUUACAAUCAAUACUCGGUUUCGUCUCCGAGAUCUGUUGUGUCCGGAAGAUUCCAUGAUUUCAGAUUCGAUCAUCAACAGCCUCAUUUCUUGGAUUCGUGUUUCCUCUGCAAGAAACCACUUGGUGAUAACAGAGACAUCUACAUGUACAGAGGAGACACACCGUUUUGCAGUGAAGAGUGUAGACAAGAACAGAUAGAGAGAGAUGAAGCAAAAGAGAAGAAAAAGAAUCUGUCCUAUUCAGUGAAAUCAGCAAUGAGGAGAAAAGAACAAAGAAGCUCAUCUUCUUCUCCUACUAGAUCUCGUGACUAUGCUUUUCGCAACGGGACUGUUGCUGCUGCUUGAAAUUCUGAAUCUGAUGAUGAGUUUGAAAAUUAUAAUAAUUAUGUUAAAAAAAUGGAAAAAGUGAGAUUGUCUCUUUAAGCUUCGAAGCUGGGUUUGGGAUUCUCUUUAGAUCUUUUCCUUAAAAGAUCAUUUUACUUCAGCUUGAAGUUUUCAGGAAAAAGAGAAAGCUAAAGGAUUCUUCCUUGGCUUCUUUUUUCUUUUGUGGUUUUUGUUUUGACUUUAAAAGUUUUGGGAGUUCAUAUGAGAAGAGAGAAAUUGUAAAUGCCUGUGUGAGUUAACGUCCAUGGCAUGAGUAAAUUUUCUUGUUUUUUUC